AAUGAUGCAGGUUAUUCUUGCAAUUAAAUCACUGCAUAACAGAAUCCGUUCAUGGAUACUGGAGCUAAUGCCAUGUUUCAUUAUGUCAUACUACGGCAUGGAUGUGUUGGCAACUUUGCUAAAGUAUCGACUUGUGUGCACCGAGAAGGCUGUUGUUCUCGAUGUCCACGACGUGUUUGGCUACGUCUACACGACAUUUGAUGCUCUACUGACUGCUGCAGCCAUUGCACUGAUCACAGUUCAACGCAAAGAAGAGACUGGUAUAAUAAUGCUGCUUAUUGGGAGAGUAACUCAUCGUUUGCUCUUCUCCAUCUGGACUCAUUUGCAUCACUUUCUCCUUAACGACUGCCUCGAUGUGGGCUCUCUAUUGUGUCUUCUGGCCACUAGAGUUUAUCAACGAGACAGAAACGAAUGGCAAAGAUUGGAUCUCAGAAAGUUCGAGUUGCUAUUAUUAGCGGGAAGAAUAAGCCUGUCCAGUAUCUAUAUAUCGUGGCUGGAGGAGGGAACUAAUACCUUCUGUAACAUCCUCUACCUUGCUCUUUUAAGUGCCUUGCUUCUGGGUCUCAAGUGCAGAAUUGCCUCUUACACGACUGUCUUAGCCAUACUCUAUCAUGACGUGCUAAGCGUAAACUUUUGGUUCCUGUGGGGCUGGAACGAUGCGAUACUCUCGUUGCAGUACUCGAGCUUGCUGCUGUCCAAAAUUGGUGGAUUUCUGCUCCUCUCACAGCUGGGUGCCGGCAAAUGGUCGCUCGAUAAGUUCCAGUCCCGAACUGCUGAAAGAAAGGAACAGAUGGGAAACUACCGCCUCAUCUAGACAGGCAAAAUGUUUUCCAACG